UCAUCGUUCCCUCCGCAUUCAGAGCGAGCACAAGUCCCAUCCCUUGGUAAAAUAAUGUUACGACUUCUACUGGUCAUCACAGUGAUUGGCGUUGCCCACUGCGAAGACUGUCCAAUAUUUUCGGCCCUUAAGAACGACGUUUCAUUGCUAAAUAAACUCAAUGGAACAUUCUACAAAAUUUUCGCAACCAGCGUAAGCCCCGUUGCCAAUUGUCAGAAGCAAACGUUUAACAACGGACCGAACAACACUUUGACCGGUUAUUUCGAAUCGCCGGAUUGGUGUCUGCGCUUGGACCACUGCGACACAUCCAUAUCCGAUUACUUUCAGUGUGAUCUGACUGCAAUUGGACCUGGCACUGUCGGAACAUUACCAUCCACUCAACGGAACAGCAUCAAAUUGGUUCGGCAAAUCGGAACCGGAGACAAUAUCUGUUUACUCUAUUCGUACUGUCGCAUUGGUGAAGAAGGUGCGUACGUGUUGUGUCAACAGCCACCCCAACUCCUGUUCACACUGUUCUUAGAGGUUGUUCAGAUCUUGAAUACAUUGCUCGGUUUGAUUUCGAAGGUGCCGCCUCUGAAGAUAGUGAGUCAGGCCAGAUGUGAUUUCCCGAACAGUUGUCCACCGUAAAACUUUUGUGUUGGACGCGUGAGGGGGUGAGUUGGAACGGAAAGGGUUUUUCUUCAAAAAUGUGACAGAACGGAGUAGCUUCUUCGCAUAUGAAGAAAUAAAAUUUGUUUGAAAAGGUU